AUGAAUGCCACAUUUCCUGAAGGAUGGGCCCGUGCCACCGGGACCGCCGCUGUUGGGACUCAGAGGGGAGCUGCCCUCUUGCAGCAGAAAAUGAGUAGGCAAAGGCAGUUGGCCUUAGAGAAGCAGAGAUCAGCUGCCAGGAAGCAGCUGGGCGCUGGGGUCAUUGCCAGUGCCAGUCCCAUGCAGCCGCCCUUCCGGGCCCAGGCCAAGGACUGGGAUCAGGUCCUGCCUGAGCUUAGUAUGUCCCCAACGGGCCCAACGGGCCCAACGGCGCCUCGAAAAGAUGUGAGGCCCAACAAUUCUGAGCAUAAGACUGCUCCAAGUUCUCCGACUGAGGAGGUGGAGCGGCCGGAACCGGUGAAAUCAGGCACCAAGUUAGACCUUGACGAUGCUUUGGACGGCCUGGCGGAGGAAUUGCUUCUGGAUGAGCGACUUCCACAGGCAGCCAAACGGGGUUCUUUAGAAGACUCCGGUGAGGGCCCCAGUCAGCCAGCAUGA